AGUAUAAACAACAGAAGAUAAUGACAAAACACUGGCAACCAGCUGGAAUGGAGAGCAACAUAAAUUACCUGAAAAAAAGGUAAAACAUCUUUUAAGAAGGCACCUGAUUUACAUUUUUUUUUUAGUUAUAGGCCUAUAUAACAAUUAUAGUAACAGAUAUAACAAUUCAUGUCCAAUUUAAACUCUAGUUUGAAUUUGACACUUUUGUAUAAACUAAUCUGAUUUAAUAUUUUUUAGUCAUAAAAACACCAAAAUGUCCAGAGAGUUUUCCCUUGUCUAAAGUCUAUUUUUGUAUUUUAUUCUGACUCUAUUGGCUAGAAUAAGAUUUAACAAAGUCUCUCUGAUGAUGAUAUAACUAGUAUUUAGACAUGGAUAAUAUUUGCUCACAAGAAACAUUACUACAGUAAUCAGGUCAUUUGUUGUUGUUUUUUCAAGGAUAAUGCAAUUAUGCAACUAUUAGUCCCAAAAUAUGUUAAGGGAAGAUUACAGUGAUACCACGAGGGUUUAAAAAAAAUGUCUUAAAGAAGACAGAUUGAAUGCCACAGACACAUUAAGUCCCAUCAGAAGCAUUAAUAUUAAAGUGUAUUUUCGUUAGGCGUUCAUAAAUAGGCUUAUCCAUAGUUUAUGUAGGCUAAUCUUUGCUCUCUCUCCUCUGUGUGUGUGUGUGUCUCUCACUCUCUAAGAAUAUGCCCAGGCAGACUCCUCCUCUUUAUGAUAAUGUGACAGUAGCAUCUCCAGCUCUGAGACAAGCCUCCACUCAUUCUGAUUCAACUAUGUGAUCUGUUUUUCCUCACACGGUCCCUGUCUCCUCUUCUCUCUCCUCUCUUCUUUUUAUCCCCCUCUCCUUCUCGUCACGCUCAAUGCGCAGUUUCCCCUCUCGCAAAGCGGCUGCAUUUGUUCGGCAAAGUUACUUUCUUAAAUAGUUGACUUUUUUGAAGUUUACUUUUUUUAUUUUCUUAUUCUCGGACAUGACCACUAUGGCAACUCCGGCUACUGCGGCUCUGCUCCCCGCCGCUCCUCUCGGGCACCACCCGGCGCCGAGUUCCGUCUCUCCGGCCACCAACUCUCCGCCACCUGCGGCCACCUCAGCCGCGUCUUCCCCGGCUCCACCGGUGGCGCACCCGGCGCUGCUCCACCAGUUCAGGGCGGACCUUUUACUAUCGAACGGGACUCCGUUGAAGACCGGAGGAGCUGCGGUGUCCAGCGGCGCUAAGCCCGUGUACGCCACCCCGUCGCCCGUGGAGAGCACGCCGCAGAACAACGAGUGCAAACUGGUGGAGGUGAAAGGUGCCAAGCUGGCCUCAUUCACGGUGAAAGACACGGAACUCAUCUGCCUGCCUCAGGCUUUCGACGUCUUCCUCAAGCACCUGGUCGGCGGGCUCCACACCGUCUACACGAAGCUGAAGCGGCUGGACAUUGCCCCGGUGGUGUGCAACGUGGAGCAGGUCCGGGUGCUGCGGGGGCUGGGGGCCAUCCAGCCCGGGGUGAACCGGUGCAAACUCAUCUCCAGGCAGGACUUCGAGACGCUCUACAACGACUGUACCAACGCAAGUUCGAGGCCUGGCCGACCGCCCAAGAGGCUGCAGAGUGUGACAGAGGGCGGGACUCACCACAUGCUGUCUCACAGCGGUCUGAUGCACGCUGGGAUCAUGCCUUCUGCAGAUCUGUCUGCCCUAGCCAAGAAGAUCAAGCUUGAGGCGAUGGCCGGUUACCACAGCAACCAACAACAUGGCGGGCCAAACGGAGAGAACGGUGAUCACAAUCCCGGGUUGGUGCUGGACCAGUUGCCCUUCAUGAUGAUGUCACAUCCUCUGAUCCCUGCCAGCCUGGCACCGGCCUCCGUUUCCAUGGCGAUGGGCCAGAUGAACCGACUGAGCACGCUGGCCAGCAUGGCCAACGUGGCGCAGCUCCACGGCAACCCCUCUGCCAGGGCUCCCACCUCCGUCAUUAAGGAACGAGUGCGUGACAGCCCCUCCCCUUCCCCGUCAUUGGAGGAAGCUCAGAUGUCAUCCAAUCACAGCAGCAGCGUGUCGAGUUCACCGUCUCACACAGAACGCACUGCGGAAACCACACACGCGCUCCAUGACGGCCUGUCAUCGAGUCACAGUCACAGCGUGUUAGGACAUUCUCCCGGUAUGGUGGCGGGGGCCAGAGAGACAGACAGGACUUCAGUAGAAUACAGCAAGGAACACAAGAGGGGCCACACUGACAGAGAUAACAGCUCCUUGGCCACCCAGACAUCUAGGGAGAGCGGUGAUAGACAAGUCUACCAGAAACCCCCAUCAGGCAGGGAGGCCUGUGAGAGGGUAUCUUACCCUGCGGGGCAGAAGCUCCCAGCAGGUCUCCACCACACUCCCUUCAUCUUCCCGGAAGGCUUGUCCUCCAUAGAGACCCUGCUCACGAACAUCCAGCAGGGUCUGCUGAGGGUUGCCAUAGAGAACGCCCGGGCGCAGGAGAAGCAGGACCAGCUGGAGAGGACAGAGCUGAAGAUGGAGCUGGUCCGGGAGAGGGAGCUCAGAGAGACAUUGGAGAGGCAGCUUAGCAUGGAACAGAAAAACAGAGUUCUGAUCCAGAAGCGCCUGAAGAAGGAAAAGAGGAGUAAGAGGAGACUACAGGAGGCCUUGGAGGAGGAGGUCAAACUCCGUGAUCAGGCAGAGCACAGCCUGCUGCACACUGCCAACACACACACAGCUACAGGCCAUCAAUCAUCAGCAGCCCCUCCUCACACAGAGUCCGUGACCCAGGACUUGGAUGGGAGCAACCAUGAUGACAACAGGCUGGACACCAAGGCAACAGUACAAGAGGGCAGAGUGUUCCUUCAGACCGCUGGGAUGUACUGAAGACGAGCUGGAAGGACGGAUGGAUGAAUGGGUGGAUGGAUGGAAGAACAGAGUGAUGAAGAGCCCUCAUUUAUGAGAUAUACAAUAGACAGGCACGCUCAGUCGUGCAGUGGCAUCCGAGAUACACAUCCCCACCUCCUCAAGGGGGCAUCCCUGCAUUUCAAGGGUGACAUUUGAACUUUUUUCAUCCUUCUCUUGUUUAAUUUAUUGCAUUAAUCACAGAAUCUCGGCCGUAGUGGGAACAGUAUUUUAUUCCGAUGAUGUGUUUUUUGACCGUGUUUCUUUCAAUCAAAAGGUUUUUAGAUCCUAGCUGAAGAUGACCAUAGUUGUUUUGUCAGUGCUGUUUAUCUGGACACAAGUGAUGAAUAUAACUUGUAACAGAGUUGUGUACAUAUAUAUAGUCAUCAUUUUUUUUUUUGUUAUUAUUAUUAUUAUCAAAAAAACAUAAUGGCAUGUUGUACAGUCAGUAAAUGACUUGUAUUGUGUAUGUUAUGCAGUAGUGCAGUUUGACAAUACAAACAAUACAAAUCCUUUUUAUUAAA